AGUUGUCGGUUUUUGGGCAGCUCGUCUUAAUCGUGUUUUUCAACAAACCGUUCUCCUAGCUACAAGAGGCAAUGUGUAAGACGUGAAUAAACAUAUCGAAGAUGUAGUUCUGAAGGGAAUUUAUUAAUCCGAAUGUAGGGAAUGGGGUGCAGUGAAUCCAAACCAGCCCAAAGCAACGAGACAUCCGAAGCUGAAGCAAUUAUUUCUUCUAAUGGAAACGGAUCACAGGAAACAGAGACGGUAAAAACCAGUGGAAUGGAUAAUUCGCUGCAAGAAGUGAACCCAAUGCAAUUAAAUUCCUCUCACGAAGGCGUUAAAAGACCUGAGCAAUUGAGCAUUAUGAAACCACCGAGAGCGAGGCCAUCCAGUUUGGAAAAUGCCUGGGGUAACACAAGAGUCGUGAAUAAAAACCUCGAAAAUGCUUUCAAUAAGCCCCAAGUACAAAAGGUGGAAGAUUUUGGAAGCGAAUAUGGAAAAGACGGUGUUGAUUUAGCUUCAAGUCAGGUCCAAAACGGACAGGACACUGACAAGUUCGUCAGUAGCUCUCUCGGUACGCGAACAUCCCCCGAUGGUACGUACAGCGUUAAUUACAAUGAGCGACUGAACUUCCAAGAACGCCCUGGUAUCCAUAAGGUAGAAUCAGAUGAAUCUUUCGAUCCGUCGAAAUUAAUAGAUAUUGAAAAGUUUAAAGCGGCGAAUGCCCCAGGAAAACAGGUGCAAACGGCCACUGCAAAGCCAGAAUUGUCCAAAUUUGAUACCGACGUAAACCACAACGUCUGUGAUGUCUCGAGUAAUGCGGCUAGUAAUGCCAAAACUGAGGCAGAAAGGCCACCAAACUACAACGAAAUCUACAACGACGAUGAAAAGCAACUGAUUGCCAGUAUAGAGAAUGACUUUGAAACAGCUCUGCCUGGAUCUGUGUUUUAACAGAAAACGUCAUCUCUUAGCAAAUAAAUCCUAAAGGAGCGAAACAGCUCGAUGCUCUUGAAAGUCGCUUCCGUGAAGCAACGUUUCUUCACGAUCAGAUCUGUGGAAUUUUCGGGUGUUUCAUCCUGGUGCAUCGACAAAGUCAGAGCAAAGAAACAUUAUGUAUUGUAAGAUAAGAUAAGAUAAAGAGAAAAACUUUAUUAACGUGUCAGGUAAAUCUAGCUUACAUUUACGUAAAUUAAUUGUGGACACCUAACAAAUGGUGAAAUAAAAGUUAAGAAUUAUGAUUAAAAUUCUAAAUCCUAUAAGUCCCUGACUGUAGGAUGCUUAAUUAACUACUGCAUAGUGUUCAACUUUUACAAUUAUCUUCUAUCAUUCCAACUUGGUCUAAUUUUCGGAUUUUCGUUUUAAAGGUAUUUAAAGAUUCUACACGACUUACACUGUAUUAAGGAAUUCAGGUCCUUUGAGAAGUUUAUUUUUUUAUAUAUGGGGAAACGUAAAGAGUCUACGGAUUUAUUAGUGUCAAGCUUUUAAAAGAAAGAAAAUCAAUGUUUAACUAAGUUCGAAUUUACUAUUUUCAGUCACGGAAAAGUUUGUUUGGAAAAUAUGUUUGAUCGUUAAACCUGACUGACAAAAAACACUGCUUACCACAGUUACUGCUUACCACAAAAUAAAAAGUAUGACUACCCAAAUUGUCUCAUCAUAGGAGCUUUUUAAGUGCAUGGCUGUUAAAAAGGCAUGAAGAAAUGAUAUAUAUUGAAACAGAGGAUUAUUAUUAUGUAUAUCCUACAUUAGUAUAAUUUCAGAGCUGAACAAAGAGUUUCCAGCAAUCUGAUUGGUCAAGCAGUUCCUUAUAUGAUGC